AUGGCUGAAGGUUUUGGGGAAAGAGAGAUAGAUCUCAUUUUGGAUGACGAGAUGGAGUAUUCUCCACAAAGAGACGGCAAUUCUGCCAAUUUGACACCGCCACCUGCUCCUUGUUGUCAAGAUGGGGGCGAAUCUGGUGUACGUAAUGACGACCAAGAUAAUGCUUAUGGAGGAGCUGUAGAGCCACACCAGGAACCGGGAAGAGGCAGGGGAGUUGGACAAGGUAGGGGAGAUGGAAGAGGAGAAAACAAGGGAGGUGGAAGAUUUAGAGGAGGAAGCAUGGGAGGUGGACAAUGCAGGGGAGGUGGACAAGGCAGGGAAGGUGGACGAGGCAGGGGAGGUGGACGAGACAGGGGAGGUGGAUGA